AUGUCGUCACCAAGUUCUUCAGACUACAUGCGCAUGGGAGGGAGAGACUCGUCUUCGAGUAGUAGCAAAAGGAGCUCCAGACCGAGACUCCUCCGAGCUUCUGCCACGGAGCCGUCAUUGUCAGCUUCGACAGCUUCUCAUGGAGCACUUGCUAGCCCUCCGCAUUCGUCGAGCAGACGGGCUACAGAUAUACUAAACCGAAUGGCAUACAUCAGCGGCACAUCGCCGCCAUCCGGCCAAAGCCCAUUAUACGAGGGCAUGAAUGAGAGGACCGACAACUUGUCAUCCUCACCUACUUCUCACAGCAAUGAUGAAUACUACACACGUCCUCAUGCCUCAGAGAGGUACUUUAGCUUUCCCAGCUUCGACACUUGGGAAGGCCAAGACGACAACAAGGACAACGAGGACAAAUCUGGCGAUUGA